AGGUUAUUUUUUGCGCACAGAGGCUUUAAGAGCGGGGCGGCUGGAGGCGGACGGCAGCAGAGACCGGAGACACCGGGGAGGAGACCUGGAGCGGCCCGUCAGCUGCGCGUCUCAACCCGGAUGAACCGACACCGACACCCCGGCCGCGGAGGACCCGGCUCUGCGAUGGGCGCCCGCAGAUAGGCGCGUGUACCCCGCGCCACGCGGCUCUGCACGCACAACUUCUCCUCCAUAGACGCUUUAUUAUUAUUAAUAAUAAUAUAAGUGUUUCGUUAUUAUUAUUAUUAUUAUUAUUAAUAUAAUUGGGUCGUUGCUCGUCAUGGUGCUGGGCAAAGUGAGGGCCCUGGCCGUCUACUUCGACAGCCUGAACGAGAACAACCUGCCGGCGUUCUCCGGCGGAGACCCGGUGUCCGGGCGCGUGGUGGUGGAGGUGACCGGGGACGUGCGCGUGAGGAGCCUGCACAUGACCGCGAGAGGAGUCGCCAAGGUGCGGUGGACCGAGUCGAGGAACGCCGGGGCCAACACGGCGUACACCCAGAACUACACGGAGGAGGUGGAGUACCUGCACCAGCGCGACACCUUGAUAGGAGACGAGCGAGAAGACGGCGGUCCGGAGGACGGCGUCUCCGUGCUGCACGCCGGAGUGCACGAGUUCGCCUUCACCUUCAACCUGCCUCAGAUGGCCCUGGCCACGUCCUUCGAGGGGAAGCACGGCAGCGUGAGGUACUGGGUGAAGGCCGAGCUGCUGCGUCCGUGGCUGCUGCCGGUCAAAGUGAAGAAGGAGUUCAUCGUGUUCGAGCACAUCGACAUCAACACGCCGCUGCUGCUGAUCCGAGUGUGGUAUCGAUCUUCUCGUCUAACUCUCGGCUACAAAGCCAACACGGGUGAUGCUGUGCUUCAGGCCCCUCAGGCCGGUUCGAAGGAGAAGACGCUGUGCUGCUGGUUCUGUGCUUCGGGCCCGAUCUCCCUCAGCGCCAAGAUCGAGCGUAAGGGCUACACACCAGGCGAGUCGAUCCAAAUAUUUGCUGAGGUGGAGAACUGCUCGUCCAGGGUCGUGGUGCCCAAGGCCGCCCUGUACCAGACCCAGACCUUCUAUGCCAAAGGCAAGGGUAAACAGAUCCAGCAGCUGGUGUCCAACCUGAAAGGAGACCCUCUGUUGCAGGGCAAGAGCCAAAGCUGGGGGGGCAAGCUGCUCAAGAUCCCCCCGGUGUCCCCCUCCAUCCUGGACUGCCCCAUCAUCAGAGUGGAGUACGCCCUCGUGGUGUACGUGGACGUCCCCGGAGGGUUGAACCUGUCGCUCUCGCUGCCGCUGGUGAUCGGCACCAUCCCGCUGCACGCCUGCUCCACCCGCACCUCCAGCAUCAGCAGCAGCUGCAGCGCGCUGAGCUGGCUGGGUCUGCCCGAGAGGCCCGAAGCGCCGCCCAGCUACAGCGAUCUGGCCAUAUCGGAGGCUCGCAGGCGGGAGUGUCUGCUCGGCUGUGAUGGGUCCGACGGGUUGGGAGAGGACCCGAGCUCCCUGCUGACCUACAUCACAGAGUUCAGAUAUCUGCCCCCCCCACUCUACUCCGAGCAGCCUGUAAAGACGCCGCUCCCCCCUCCCCUCAGGUGGACCCGUACCCCGACCCCACGGAGGUGAGCGCGGCGGCGGACCUCAGGAGACCCGACACGUGUCCGUCCCGCUGAGGAGAGCUCGUGAGCUCACGGGCUUGGUGCACACACCAGACACCGCCCCCCCGUCCCCCUUCAGCUCCAGCCAGCUUCUCACCAGAUUAAAUGUCAGCGUAAACACCGGGCGGACCCUCCCCGGCUCCGGGGGAGUCAGCUGAGAGAGUAUUCGGUGACCACUGACACAUGGACCAGGGAUAUCGAGCCAUGCUCGGUCCUCUAUAUCCUGUGCUCAAGA